AUGACAUCACCUUAUUUUGUCAAAGUUUAUUUCACCAAACAACAACAACAACAACAACCUGAAAUCCGUCGAUUUGCCAUUGAUAUUUCGCCCGAGAACAAUAUUUAUCAAGAAUUAUGUGCAAAGAUCGCAACAUUACAACCAGAUAUUCAACUGCAUGGUUUCACUCUUCAGUAUAUCGAUGAUGAAAGCGAACGCAUUACAUUUAGUUCGACAGAAGAAUUACGUUCUGCAAUAUCUACGAACAAAGAUACAAAUACCUUGAAGAUCUUUGUUACUGCCAAUCAACCGGCAGCUACUACCGCGUCUGGUACUACUUCGAAUAAGGAACAGCACGUCGGCGUUGAUUGCGACGGUUGCGAAGGUCCAAUCUUCGGUGUUCGAUACAAAUGUGUAGUAUGUCCAAACUAUGAUUUAUGCGAAAACUGUUCAUCGACAGGUCUUCAUUCGGAACACAAUAUGAUUAAAAUAUCGAAAGCAAGCAAUUUUUAUCAUCCGUACGGUUUUCGUCAACAUCAUCGUCGACAACGCUUUUCACAUCCAACGUCUACACCUUCAACUCCACCGUUCACUCCUAAUGGCAGCUUUUUCGAGCAAAUCCAAACACAAAUCCCUCAAUGGUUACCCAACCGCGAGCAUGCUGCUCAUCUUCGCACACAUAUGCAACACCAUUUCGAUAAUAUCAAAACCCAAACCCAAACCCAAAUGCAGCAUUCUCGACACUAUUUAGAGAACGUUGGACAGUAUAUACAACAAGCUUUAUCUCCACUCGGCAUUGACUGCGAUUUUCGUGUUGACGGACAGCCACCAUCAACAAGUGGAAACCCUGGCCAAUCCGAAGCAAGUACUGCAUCGCAAACGGCGAAUGCAACAGAAACCGAUCAACAACAAAAUGGAAUUUCAUCGAUAUUGAAUAUGUUUCGCAGUUCGACAACUGUCAAUCCGACAAGUACGUCGACUGAACCGAGUAACUUACCGGAGAAGAACGUUGAAGAAUGUGUCGAGAAAUUGAAGGCAAUGGGCUUCGAUGAAGUGGAUGAAAGUCUCAUCGAACUCAUUCGCGAAAAACAAGGUGAUCUGAAUUCUGUUCUGGACGAAAUGAGCACGCGUCGUCCAUGA